GAAGGUCAGGCGCACGCGUGAUGAAGGGAAUGAUGGUUGAUAGGUAGGCAACGCAUCAAGCUUGAUGAUAGCUAUCGACUAGCGAUCGAUUUCCAACAGUUCACUAGAACUAAUAGAUCGUACGUCACUCAUUUGUUGCUACUAGCACUGUAGCUAGCUUCCGUAGAACGACGCCCUGGAACAUACAAAAAUGCCGAACAUUAAGAUAUUCAGCGGUAGCUCGCAUCGGGAACUGUCUCACAAAAUUGCCGACCGUCUUGGAAUGGAACUCGGGAAGGUUGUCACCAAGAAAUUCAGCAAUCAAGAAACAUGUGUUGAGAUCGGGGAGAGUGUGCGUGGAGAGGAUGUCUACAUCGUACAGAGCGGCUGUGGGGAGAUCAAUGAUAAUCUGAUGGAGCUGCUGAUUAUGAUCAAUGCGUGUAAGAUCGCCUCGGCCUCCCGGGUCACAGCGGUCAUCCCCUGCUUCCCCUACGCACGGCAGGACAAGAAGGACAAGGUGGGGAGUCGGGCGCCCAUCUCAGCCAAGCUGGUGGCUAACAUGUUGUCUGUGUCUGGGGCUGAUCACAUCAUCACUAUGGACCUCCACGCCUCACAGAUCCAGGGUUUCUUUGACAUCCCAGUGGAUAACCUGUAUGCUGAGCCUGCUGUACUGAAGUGGAUCAAGGAGAACAUCGCAGAGUGGAAGACCUGCACUAUCGUCUCUCCAGACGCAGGGGGUGCCAAGAGAGUGACCUCCAUAGCGGACAGGCUCAACGUGGACUUUGCUCUGAUCCACAAAGAGAGAAAGAGGGCCAACGAGGUGGAUCGCAUGGUGCUGGUCGGGGACGUCACGGACCGGGUAGCCAUCUUGGUGGAUGACAUGGCAGACACCUGUGGUACUAUCUGUCACGCAGCCGACAAGCUGAUCUCAGCUGGUGCUACCAAGGUGUAUGCCAUCCUGACUCACGGUAUCUUCUCUGGCCCGGCCAUCUCCCGCAUCAAUAACGCCUGCUUCGAGGCUGUGGUCGUCACCAACACUAUCCCUCAGGAGGAGAAGAUGAAGACCUGUCCUAAAAUACAGGUGAUUGACAUCUCUAUGAUCGUGGCAGAGGCCAUCCGCAGGACCCACAACGGGGAAUCUGUCUCCUACCUCUUUAGCCACGUCCCCUUGUAACACCACACACACACACUGCCACACACCACGUCACACACACGCACACUGAGUCACCUGGGGCACUGUUCAGGAGGGCAUAACACCACAGAACAUUCAGAUAGAACAGACAUGGCCAUCUCUCAUGCAGAAUAGGGGAUUUGGGGAACAGAUAUGAUUGUCUUUCAGGUAGAACAAGGAAUGCAGAGUCAGCUCUUCAUUCCAUUUCUCUGCCCAGUAUUCUGGAAUGUUUCUCAUCACUGAAGAGAAUCCAGCCCUAUGGUUCUGUUACACCAAAACGAGGAAGAGGGGGAAUGUUCUAUACAAACACCAGGGUUGGGGUCAAUUCCAUUUAAAUUCCUGUCAAUUCAAGAAGUACACUGACAUUCCAUUUCCAAUUCUCUUCAAUGCUUUUCAAUUAGGGAAAUGUGGAUUUGGAAGUAGGUUUACUUUCUGGAAUUGACUGAGUUUUAAAUGGAAUUGACCCCAACCCUGACAAACACCACCAUUUAUAUUAGCAUCACUCUGCUGCUAUUGCUAACUAACCAUGUCAUAAUUACAAUUUGGAUCAAUGAUUAUUAUCAAUAAUAAUGACAUGUUCAUUUUGAGGCCCUCUCACCCCUAAACAGUGCUAGCAUCCCAAAUUGCACCCUUUUCCUACAUAGUGAACUUCUUUUGACUAGUGCCAUAUGGGCCCUGGUCAAAAGUUGUGCACUACAUGGGGAAUAGGGUGCAAUUUGGGACACGUCUAUCAGGGACAAAAAAAGUCAGCUUUGAUGAUUUAUGUGAGUGGGUGAACUCACACACACACAAGCCUCUAGCUAAUGUGAACCGUCUCCCCUUUUCAUAAUAAUGCUGUUACAAUACUUCUACUAUGUUACAAAAACAGGGUGAGAGAUGGUUGGAUGUUGACUGACUUCAGGUAUUUUAUUAUUUUGGUUUCAAUUCAUUUUAUCAGUUUGAAAGAUGAGGCUCAUAAUGAGUUAAGUGAAUGAGCUAUAGUUGACAGUGUCACUGAUGUUCCUCUGGGUGAUUCACAACAGUCUGUAGAGACUUAACUCUUUUAAAGGGGCAAUCCAGGAUUGGUACUUCUAUUUUUGGCCUUAAUGUAUAAAUGAAUUAUAUAUAUAGCCACUGAUUCUUGUAGAAUAUAACUUAUAAAUGCCUCCUCCAUGAUCCUCAUGAUCUGCAUCCCUACCUCUGUCUAGAAAUUUGAUAGUGGGUAUAUUCCUCCAACCCCAUUCCUCAGCUGUUGACCUGAACAAGUAGUGGGGUAAGCGCUUUUUCGAAUCGCGGAUUGCCCCUCUUAAGACUAUUGGGAAUCAUUAUUUCAGUGUGGGUGCAGAGGAGGCAGGUUUUGCUAUUCGAGGUUGUCGUUUGAAGUUGUCAUCUAGAAGCUGUUGGUUUUUAGCUCUGCAGGAUGGAGCUUCCUAGAAAAGUCGAUCUGCUAUUUUUUAUUUUUAUUGACUUUAUUUUUUCAAUAACAUUUGUAUAAUAAACCUCGAAAGAGUGGUAUCUGUCUGACUUUUAAAGUUUCAUGUAUGUGCUUAUAUUCUGAUUUUGUGUAUGUUGACUUGACUUGUUUAGCAUAAGGUGAAUCAGUGCACCAAAAUAUCUGAUGGCUGAAUGUGAUCUUAUUAAAGAGAUGGUGAAAACGAACGAA